AUGUGCUACAGCUCGCUGCAGGUGCUCGAGAGCCACUGGGGCGGCGUCAAGUACAUCCUCACGGCCCUCGACCAAAAGUCCAAGGGCAUCUGGGACUGCGAGACGUACACGUCGGAGGAGUACGAGAGCACCAUCAUCCCCCUGCUAGGGCCGACCAUCGCCGAGGAGCUCCGCCGGGCCUCGCCGAAGAUGGACGGCGCGCCGCCCAUCGCCUGGAGCCUCGCCGGCUCGGCCGACUCGCCCAACUCGAGCCUCACGCUCAUGUACACGAGGCGCAACGGCACCGUGAUGCCGACCCGGCAGCAGCCGCAGGCGGUGCAGGCCUUGCCGUCGCAGGUCGCCACGCCGCCCGGCAUCAUGGUCUACGACCCGAUCCGGCAGAGCCUGCCGGCCGAGCCCGUCGCCAUCUACCCUCCGGCCCUGCCGCAGACGAGCAUGUCGUCGGUCCGCCAUUCGCCCUUGCUGCCGAGGCCCCUCGGCCCGCUGAACCUGCCCUACCUCGCCGCCCAGCCGCAGCCGCCGUCGGAGGCGUACGACGGCGUGGCCGCCGACGAGGACGGCCGGCCCAAGAUGCUCAUGGCCCCGUCGUUUGCCUCGUCGGGGGGCCCGCUCGGCGGCUUCGAGGCCUACGGCGCGCCCCCGGUGAGCGCCAUGGCCGACGCCGACGAGGUCGGUCGCCUCGCGAGCGCCGCGCCGUGCGGCGCCGCUCUGCAGAACCUGUACUUCAACCACGGCAUGCCCAUGCCGAGCCAGCCGCCGUGGGCCUUUGGCGCGAGCAACAUGAGCGCCAUCACCUUUGACAGCCGGGACAUUGACAUCAGCGUCAUCGGCCGCCAGCCGCAGCUGAUGACGGGGGCCUGGAUCGACUUCAUCCCCAGCGACGUGCUGGGCAUGCUGGAGAAUUACAACAUGGACGGCCAGGUGGCGUCGGCCCAUCCGGGCGCCGGCGGUUGA